AAUAUGUCACCUGUCAUUCGGGCGUGCAUUUUUGGAUAUCGCCCCGAACGAUGAGCACAUAAGUCAGAUUUGUACCGGUUUUUCUUUAAUUUUCUCUAGUGCACAUAUAGUGAUCCGAAAAUUUUCAUCAAAAAUUUAAUCAUGGGUUCGUAUUUAUCAGAGCCUGUAGUUGAAAAAGUCUCCAGCGACGGCGCCAACGAUAAACUCGUUUAUGGUGCAAGUUCUAUGCAAGGUUGGCGAGUAAAGCAAGAGGACGCACAUAAUUCUAUCCUCGACUAUGAUGAGAAUAGUACAUUAUUCGCCGUCUACGACGGUCAUGGGGGCCAAGAAGUGGCCCAAUACUGCUCCACUCAUUUACCUGCUUACAUCAAAAACACCGAGGCUUAUAAAAAUGGAGAUAUCGAACAGGCUCUCAUCCAAGGGUUCUUGGGUUUCGAUGCCACAAUGACGACGAAAGCAGUAGUGGAUGUUUUAAAAGAAUUUGCUGGCGACACGGAAGCAGAAGAAGCUGAAGAACAAGAGAAUGUCAAUGACUUAUAUGAAGAAGCCGCCAUGCCCAUAGAACAAGUUAUUGAAAAAUACACAAGCCUCGUCAACCCACUCUUAAAACAUAUGAAAAAAGGAUCUGAAUUGAAUAAAUCUCCUAUGCUCACUGCAAUAGCUCGUACUAGUAGCUCGAGCGAGAGUAGCGAUAUCCCACCACCAAACUUACAAGAAGCAGGCAGUAGUGGCUCUGCAUCAUGCAGCGCCAAUAAAGACAGCUCAGAAACACCAGAAGUUAAUGGGGAAGGUGAAGGAAAGUCUGCAAAAGCAAACGAAGAUACAAAAACACCAACAAAUGGAUCCAUUCCGAACAUAGUGAUUACCUCUCCUGGUUCAGAGGUAAAGGAAACCGAACUAGAAGAUGAUAAAAAUAAAAAAAUUGUGCAAAAUGGUGAUGUCACUGGGGAAAAACACAAUCUGGAGGACCAGAGCCCUCCAGCACCAGUAUGUGCAACAGAUAAAGGUAAGUCCCCAAUGAAAAAAAAGGUAAAAACCCCUGUUAGAAGCUCGCCCCGUAAAAUAAACGGUGUUCAGCUUUACAAAAAACUGUUGGAUUUUGAUGCCAGUGAUGAAGACACAGAAGACGAUUCAACAUUCGUAUCAGAAAACAGCUCAGACGAAGAAGGCGUGAAUGUUUCCGUUGAAGGAGGAUCGGAAGAGGAGAGCAGUGAUGCAGAUGAUGAGGAAGAAGCCGAAGAGGAGGAGGACGAUGACGAAUUGGAUGAUGAUGAGCAAGACUUGGAAUUCGCCAGGAAUAUGAAAGAGGAGCCGGGUUCAGACAGUGGUUGUACAGCAGUAGUGGCAAUUCUAAAAGAACGUGAGCUCUAUGUUGCAAAUGCUGGAGAUUCUAGAUGCAUUGUCUGCAGAAACGGCAAUGCUGUUGAAAUGUCGUUCGAUCACAAACCGGAAGAUGCUCCAGAGAGGCAAAGAAUUAUGAAGGCAGGAGGCAAGGUAACUGGCGAUGGGCGAGUGAAUGGUGGGCUCAAUUUGAGCAGGGCUCUUGGUGAUCAUGCCUAUAAACAAAACGCAUCACUCAGCGAUAAGGAACAAAUGAUCACAGCUUUACCAGACGUUAAGAAGCUGACAAUAAACCCAGCAGAAGACGAAUUUAUGGUGCUGGCCUGCGACGGCAUUUGGAACUUUAUGUCCAGCCAGCAAGUUGUAGACUUUGUCAAGGAGAGAUUAAAGGACAGUUCAGUGAAAAUAUCGAGUAUUUGUGAAGAGAUGUUUGAUCAUUGUUUGGCCCCGAAUACAAUGGGGGACGGUACCGGGUGCGACAACAUGACUGCGAUAAUUGUAAAAUUCAAGCCCAACUUGAAUAAACGAGCAAUCAGCCCGCAACCCGAAGAAAACGAGUCAAAACGGGUAAAGACUGAAGAGAGUUAACGUGCCCAAUCAUAGAUUUAGAGUCGCCUUGUUUUAAAGGAAACAUAUAUUUUUUGUACGAAACAUGUUUGGUUCUAGGGUCAACUAGAGGAGAUCAUUUGGACAAAUUGUAUGGGCAACUUUUUAUGCUAAUUCGUUUGUCAGUUGUAUUGGAGUUUAGUUCAUUAUUUCCCUACUGAGAGUUCACGUUCAAUAAAAAUUCGUAUAUUAUAUAUUUUUUAAUUUUCGAAUUACUUAUUUGACCACCUAAAUAUUUUUGUCAAUAAUGUAAUGUUUUACUUAGUUGUCUCAAUAAUACGCUGGAUUACUGUCUAUAAUUUUAUUUUUGAGUUGAUUGUUUCAUAAAUUAAUGUAAAAUUUUUAUGUUUGUAGGACACAGUUUGAUAUUUAUUUAGAUAAUUUAAUAUGCCAGGUGCUUGUUUAAGAGAUGCGAUAUUUUGUUAUACAUCUGUCGAGUUUUGAAGAUCAUUCUGUAAUCAUGGUGAAUGCCUUUUAUCGUGUCCCACUACAAACAAUAGAUUUUGUUCAUUACAGUCACAGUCUACCAAUUUACCAUUAGAAUAAACAUCAUUUUAAGUUUUACGGCUGUUUCCAGAAAUAGGUUAGUUGUACAGAAUAACUUUCUAAAUACGAGUGGCUUAACCAUUGUAUUAUUUGUUGUACACACCCGUAAAUAAAUUGUUUAGUAGGUUUCUAAUAA